AUGCUGCUCAAGGCAACCAUUGCAGCCGCAAUUGCGACACUGGUGGCUCAAACGGCGACUGCCCUGCCGCUAGAAGGAGAAUUCCCUCCCAGAAUCUUCGGGGGAAAAGAGUCCCCCCCUGGUUCCUUUCCUUUUCUCGUUGCAAUAUUGAAACGUGGCGACUAUUUCUGCGCUGGCUCGCUCCUAAAUAAUGAUACCGUUCUCACAGCCGGUCAUUGUUUCGGAGAUGGGCACAAACAAAUUCAAGUUCGUGCCGGAUCAAAUGAUCGCACAACAGGAGGCCAGGUCUCCAACGUGACUGGUGUCAUGACGCACCCUCAGUUUGAUCCAUCCACAUGUGAGAAUGAUGUGGCUAUAGUCAAAAUAUCACCAGCAGUCGGUCCAGAUGUAGUGGGUGAAUUCGCUAGAGUAGCCAAGAACGGCAGCUACCCCAAGCCGGGCAAAAAAAGGGCAGCUGGCUGGUAUGUUGUAGUCGACUCUUCCCCCCGUCUCCAUCUCUAG